UGUUUCUCUAACCAGCAGCCUCUCCCUCUCAGGACUCUGACUCCUCUGUCUGUUCGCUUCGGGUUCUGGAAGUUGGAGCCGAACAUGUCGGCAGCACCAGGGCUUGUCGAUGGACUUUCUGUGGAGGACCAGAGAGAGCGGAUUUCGGAGCAGACAUUCCGCGGAGAGCAACACUUAGUCCGGUUGGAUCCAAGUCGGACUCGUGCACGCCCUCCCAGCGAAGCUGGACCAGGUCGUCUCAGUGAGCCGGAAGUCCAGGCCCCUCAGCUGGACGACUGUGAGAGGAUGGGGACUCUGUUUGGGAUGAUCAACAAGUGUCUGCGGGGUGUAGGCUUCACCCAAGUCUACUUUGGAGACAGGACAGUGGAGCCGGUGGUGGUGGUGCUCUUCUGGGUGCUGCUCUGGUUCCUGGGUUUCCAGGCUUUAGGACUGGUGGGAACUCUGUGCAUAAUCAUCAUCUACAUUCAGAAGUGAUGCUCAGAGUGGAGCAGCUGGGUUCUUUGAUGCUGCCUGGUUUCCUGCUGAUGGAGGUUUGUAAUCAGCGGGAGAUGUUUGUGGAGCAUCUUUUAGAUCUGUUAUGGGCGACAUUUUUUUUUUUAAAGUGGAAAUUAAAUUCCAUUUAAGAAUAUCAAGGAUUUCCCUGGAUAAUCAUACAUGGAACUGCCUUUACUGCAGUUUCAGCAUUAAUUGUGAUGAAGACAGGAACUGUGUGCACAAACAAGCCAAAGUUAUGUUUCUCCUGAAGCUGCUCCAAACAUCCUGAUAAUCUUCUGCCCCCUCUUAUCUGACUAAAGAUGCCAAUCCGAACGUCUCCUUUGUUUUAUAGGAGCAUUAGCUCCAAAUAAGCCUCUGACUUCAUCACCUUAAUGUAGCUCUGCAGGAUCCUAAUAAUCAGUCAGACGGAUUGCAGGAAAAAUGUCAUGUUCAUCCUCGGUUGGUGUGUUAGUUAACCUAUGCAGCAGCAGAACCAUAUUCACAGAAAAUUCAAUGUUCAACUAAACAGCUUUGCCUCACUCUGGAUCAAUUUGUUUUACCUAACAAUCAAUUUCUUUUUUUUUUUUUUUUUUGUCUGAAGUAAGAAUCAGAAAUGGAGUCAGCUGUUGAUCGUUUUUUUUUUCUUUUUUAAACAUCUAAUAUCAGUAGUUCAAACUCUAACCACAACAACUUUAAUGUGAUCUUCAAGCCCCAGAGAAGAGGAGGAACUUUUCAAGGGCGGGGGAUUAUUUUAUUUUUGCUCAGUUUUGUCUCUUUGAUCACCGGUGUGGUGAAACGCAGCAGCGUCUAAGUUUAGUUCCUUUUAGAAGAGACAUAUCUGUUCUUGUUUAAAAGACUUUCAGAGGAAACUAGCUCAUUAAAACGUGUUGCCACUGAGCAGGAUGUGAUUCAACAAGCUGAGCUGUCUCUGAACAUGUGCUCAUACUGCCCAUACAUUUCAAACACACUGAAGCUGAUUUCUGGUGAAUUUAUAAGAAUGAAACAAAGUGUAGGAGAAACACCAAAUAUCAGAAUCAGUUUUUUUUCUCCUACAUAUAUCGUUUCUGAUACUGCUGUGUUUUAUUAAAAGUGAAUUUAAUAAAAGGUUUGCUGAUCAUA